GCGUCUGCGGAACCGAGUUUGCCGGAGCCGAACGGAGAUACCGGUACCUAAGGGCGGGGUAGGAGCUGGUAACCCCGAGAGCGUGAGAGCGGAGUCUAGGCUGUCCGGGCGGUGGUGACUUCAACAGCGACCAGGACAGUGGCCCAAGGCCCGACGCGGCAUGCCCUGAGUGCCGCACUGCCGGCGGGAUGGGCCGGCGCCGGGCCCCAGAACUGUACCGGGCCCCGUUCCCGCUUUAUGCGCUUCAGGUGGACGCCAGCACCGGGCUGCUCAUCGCUGCCGGCGGAGGAGGUGCUGCCAAGACAGGCAUUAAGAAUGGCGUGCACUUUCUGCAGCUGGAACGGAUUAACGGGCAGCUGAGUGCCUCUCUGCUGCACUCCCAUGACACAGAGACAAGAGCCACCAUGAACUUGGCCCUGGCAGGUAACAUCCUGGCAGCAGGGCAGGAUGCCCGCUGCCAGCUCCUGCGCUUCCAGGUCCAUCAGCAGAAGAGCAACAACAAGGCGGAGAAGGCAGGUUCCAAGGAGCAGGGCACUCGACAAAGGAAGGGAGCUUCCCCGACAGAGAAGAAACCGAAAAGUGAAACCCAGCGUGAGGGGGUGGAACUCCGGGUAGAGAAUUUGCAGGCGGUCCAGACAGACUUCAGCCCUGAUCCACUGCAAAAAGUCGUGUGCUUCAACCAUGAUAAUACGCUGCUUGCCACUGGAGGGACGGAUGGCUAUGUUCGGAUCUGGAAGGUCCCCAGCUUGGAGAAAGCAGAGGAGUUCAAAGCCCAUGAGGGAGAGAUCGAAGACCUGACUCUGGGGCCGGAUGGCAAGCUGGUGACUGUGGGCUGGGACUUCAAGGGCUGUGUGUGGCAGAAAAAUAAGCUGGUGGCCCAGCUGCACUGGCAAGAGAAUGGACCCACCUUGGCUACCACACCUUACCGCUAUCAGGCCUGCAGGUUUGGGCGGGUCCCAGACCAGCCUGCUGGGCUGCGGCUCUUCACCGUGCAGAUUCCCCACAAGCGCCUGCGCCAGCCUCCGCCCUGCUACCUCACAGCCUGGGAUGGCUCCACCUUCCUGCCCCUUCGCACCAGGUCCUGUGGCCAGGAAGUCGUCUCCUGCCUCAGUGUCAGUGAAUCGGGCACCUUCCUGGGCCUGGGCACGGUCACUGGCUCUGUGGCCAUCUACAUAGCUUUCUCCCUCCAGCGCCUCUACUACGUGAGGGAGGCUCAUGGCAUUGUGGUGACAGAUGUGGCCUUUCUGCCUGAGAAGGGUCGUGGUCCAGAGCUCCUAGGGUCUCAUGAAACUGCGCUGUUCUCUGUGGCUGUGGACAGUCGUUGCCAGCUGCACCUGCUGCCCUCACGGCGGAGCGUUCCUGUGUGGCUGCUGCUCCUGCUGUGUGUCGGACUCAUCAUUGUGACCAUCCUGCUGCUCCAGAGUGCCUUUCCGGGUUUUCUUUAGCCUCCCUGCCCCCGAGGGAUCAGGGGUCUGGACACUGGCACCUUCCUGAGCUGAGUGGGUGGUCUGGGCGCCCGCUGCUUGCCCCAUUGGGUCGACAGCUGAGGUGCCUCUAAUGAGACUGGAGCAUUGCCUACCUGUCCCAGUAGGCUUGGCUGUGACGCUGUGCCACUCUAGAUCCUGGAAGCAGUGCCUUGGCCACCUAUGGCUCCACCCCAGGAUGGUGAUGUUUGAGGCUUAGGCCACACUGUGGGCCUCCUGGCCCUCGUCAGCGUGCCAGAAGCUCCAGAGUUGAGCUUGUCUUUGCUCCAGGAACACGUGAAGAUGCCCAAGACCCGGAGUCGCUGCCGUCCUUCCCACCACAACUGUUUCUCCACCUCUGCUGUUGGUCUUGGGGCCAGAUGUUCUCAUAGAGCUCCCUGGCUUUUGCUGGGGCAGGGACUAGCCUGGUACUUAUUGUUGGAGCACGAAGGAGUAAAAGCAAAGUCUAGGUAAUGCUCUGUGGUUCAGGUGGGCAGCGCCAGCCAGCCAGGCUAGAUGUGCCAACAAGUUCCUGCAUGGUCUACCCUAGGCUUGAAGGAAGGGAAAAUGAACCUGGAUCGCUGAGCCGGAAAGUUGGUGUUUAAUUAAAAGGGAAGGCUGAACCAGCCCCAAAUGGAA